CCGUUGCCAAAACCCCAACGAUCAGAGAGACAUGGAGGAGAUAAGAGAUGACUACAAAUUCCUGAGAAUUCAAGACGCUUUCAAGGCAUUGCAUCUUCAUGUUAACCUCAUUGGAGUCAUCGUCGAGCUAGGACUCUCCAAUGGCUCUGAUUGUUCAUGUACGCUUAAAAUCGUUGAUCCAUGGCAUUCGGGAUCUGGCCUUCCCGUUAAGUUCGUCGCUCGUACCAUUCGAGAGCUUCCUCGUGUUGAAUCGGUCGGAGAUAUCAUCUUUCUUUCACGUGUAAAGGUUGAUACACCAUUCCUAAGGCUCGUGGAGAUAUUGUUCAACAUUUUAGUUCUGGGUUUAAACUCUUAUUCCUUAACGCAGAUUGUGCUGAUUAAUCGGAAAAUCACAGCUCUUUGCAAUGAAACAUCUUCUUCGUCUUUUGCUCUGUUCAAUGGGAAACAUGGCGUGGAUUUUAUACCAUACCAGUCAUCACCUAAAUUUCUGAUGAGAGAACAGGAUAAGAACUUCUUAUCGAAUCUGAGAGAGGGGAUGAUAACUUACAAGUUUGAAGAUGGGUCAUGCUGUUUCACAUCCCUGAAAGAUAUCAAAGAAGGGGAAUGUUCAAACCUAUCUUGCCUGAUUGUUCACAUUUCCAAGGUCUAUAAAGAUAGAUGGUACAUCUUUGUUUGGGAUGGAACUGAGAUGCCACCAUGCAACAUCUUGGUAAAGUCAGAAAGGCUUCCUUUAUGUGUCGAACCCGAGAUGUUGCCUACAUACAUGUUACGUAAGUUUCCUACUUUUGGUUCCGUUUUGAGGAUCCUAGUAGAUAGAGUUAGUGAGAAGCAGGCCAUCCACUGUCUUCAACCUGGUCAACGCGUGAAGCUUCUGAACCUUUUCUUUCAAGUAAAUAUGGGAUUAUGGAACGCCACUUUUACUCCCUCUACGAAGAUGCAGUACACAAUGAGCAGAGGGUUGCAAGCUUUUAGUCCUCAAAGAAUGUAUGGGGAGAAGUUGUCAUCGAGAUGGAACCCCAUCGCACGUUGCAUUAGUCCUUCACAUUCAGGAAUCACAGGGGUUGCCCAUGAGGACGCUCCGUUUGUUUCUCUGAUGGACAUUCUGACCUAUCACAAUGUGACUGCUAAAUUCAGGUGUGUUGUUCGGUUCAUACAAGUGUAUCCCCGAGAUGUCAGAAAACUCCGCGAUUCCCACGGAAAUAUCAAACUGCUAGCUAUACUAGAAGAUGCAACCGCCAGAAUCCACGCUUCUCUAUAUGCUGCUGAAGGGGAAAAGUUUUUCGGGUGUGAAGACGAAUCUGAUGAAGAGGCCCUGGUCAAGAAGCUGAAUAGAUUGUUGGGAGGUGAGGAGAUGGAGCAAGUGCCAAGAAAUCCUCCAUGGGUACAAUGUUGCCUGUUCUCAUUCUACAAACACAAAAUGGAUCAAUGGGGAAGCAGAAGAUUCCGGAUUUUUGAUACAUGGAUCAAUGCUUCAUGAGACAAAAAAAAUAAUGCUAAUUGAAGUGAGAGAUUAGGAAAGUAACUAAAGUAAUGAGUUACUAUUUCCAGUUUUGAUCUUAGGUAUAUGUAAUGAUUUAGCCAGUUUUAGUAGUAGAAAAUCUGUAUUUUCUGCAAUGUGCUGGUCAAAAUUGAGUUUCUUGUGUACACUUUCGAGAUCGUAUUUGGGAAUGUAUUUGGUUUUAAUAAAUUAAAAUCAGAGGA